AUGCAACCAACAAUCAUUAGCACAGAAAGCAAAAUGAGAUCGACCAAUGACCUACAUUCAUCUCUGUCGACUCUGUCAGCGGCACCCAGUCUGACCACGAUGAGUAAACCAAGUUCAAACAACAGCAAAGUUAGCCUCGCGCACAGUCGAACGGCGAGCAUAGCCGAAUCCAGCAGUAAGGAACCGAAACCGCCUACGCGGGAAGAAAUGAUUGCAGAACUGCUGGAGAAAGCCAAGUUCUAUACUUCACUAUGUCUAGGAACUACAGCCAUCUUGUCCGUUUUUGCUUUUCUGUUUCUGAUACCAUUCGUGGUGGAUCCAGCCAUAUCGACUAUUGUAGCUGAUUACGACCCAGUUCCGGUGACGUGUGUGGUGACCGAUCACGUGUACGCUGAAGGAAUGCGAAACUGCACCUGGAGCUCGUGCCGUGAAGGUUGUACAACAGCCGCCAUACGAUGUCAUCAGCUGCUGGUGAACUAUACCAAGAUUGCAUAUCACACACUGCAGAAAGAACCAAGAGAUCUCGAUGCUUUAGAGUGGGACGUGAUGGAUACCAAGUUCCUAGUCAACACGGAAGGCUGCGGUUAUCCACCGCGGGUUAAUUGCACUGAGUUCGCAAAGAAAUAUGGGUAUUCUCACGUAGGAGAACCCUUCCCCUGUUACUACAGUCGUGCCUAUCCCGAGAUGGUAGUAGCUCGCUACUCGUGGGAUGACAAUCUGAAGCAUCUCAUCCUCUCGCUGAUCAUACCGAAUGUGCUCUUUGCCGUCUCGAUUGGGGUGCUAAGCUAUUGGUACUGUCCCUGCUGCGACAAGGCUUGCCACAAAUCACCACGCGUCUACGCAGAAAAGUAUCCCACUAAAGAAAACAAACUUCUGUGCCGUAGUGACGAUGAGGAAGACGAACUAGACUACUGAAAGUUUAUUUUCGAUUUUUCACCACGUAGCAGCUGAAUUUUCUCAAUUCGGAAAACCAACAUUCUGCACACACUCACACCUCACACAGUGACCUUUUUCAACAGUAACAUUUUUUUCGGACAUAAUAACCAGAUUCUUAUAGAUUUUGUUCUACAGCUGCAUGCCUAUUUUCACCAUUUUUGCUCGUUAGGAUUUUAAGAGCACUGUUCAUUGAACUAUCCAAAUCUGACUAGCUUGAACGUGGCUAAAAUUGCGAUAGAUACUUUGAAACCGAUAAAACAUUAAUUUCGCAUCAUCACUCUGUGAAAACAUCAAGUUUUAGUCCAAUAAAAUAAAAUUACUUAUUAGCAUGGUUCAAAACGAGCUCUCGGCAUUGUCCUACUUUUUAGUAUUCAAUAACGUAAAGCUAACUAUAAAGACUACUACAAUCAUUUAGCGAAUGCUGCUUGUAAAUAUGAUGUACAUGGACAAAUUUUGUAAAUCUAUGUAAAUGUAAAUAGAACAAAACUAACAGCGUCGCGAUAUCGUUGUACAUAAAUACGCAUUGCCAUGUUUCAUUCACCUUCUUACCACUUACAGUGAACUUUGAACAGUAUGGCAUUGUUGAAAACGUCGUUUGAUUGCGACGAGUUAAAUUUUGCAUAGUCCUAUGCAGUAAAAUACACGGACAUCGCGAGUUCGGUUUAUCUUGAUAUUAUCAUCUUAUUUAUAGUACAUACUAGCAUUAUCGUUUACUCUUUCCUCGUUAUCUAGAACAUUGACUUUUCUUAACAUUCUUUACAUGUAUUUUCCUUUUCUGUCAACCAAUUCUUCUCUUUCCAUUCCGAUUGUUUCUUGAUUAUUACAUCAUCAACACAAUCAAUAACCCCCACCACACUGUCCGCUUGUACACUGGUGAAUACGGUCGAUCGUGGAUUAGUAAAGAGUCGUGGAACAUUGACCUUCCUAACGAAUACAUAAGCAAAAUAUGAGAUAAAGAAACAUCGCUGGACCCAGCUUCAUUGGCAACAGUGACAAAUCGAGUCAAGUCAGCCGACAGCCGCCGAGCAGAUUCCAGUUUUUGUUAGCAGCAAUCGUCAAGUCUCCAGACAUCAUCAGCAGUUAGUUUGAUUUUUUUUCAUUCGCUACAAUUACGUAGUUACGUAUUAUAUUAUUAUUAUUAUAGCAUUUUGGAGAAUGAGUAUGCGAACAAAAGUCAUCUUAUAGCUAGAAUCAGAGAACAAAGUCCAAUGAAUAAAAUAAUUAAAUAACAUAUUUUAACGUCAACUAGAAUUUGCAAGCGAUUCGAGUAAACGCAGGAAUGUUAAGUGCUUCAAAGUUUAAUAUUUUUGAUUCGACAACUAGUAGUUAAAAAGAGAGGAUAUAAACUACCUAUCCUCUGAACAGGAGUCUUUUAUGAAUUAUGAAACAAACUAAAUAGCAAUUACUGUCACGCUUGAUCAUUAAAGUUCAGUCUUUGUCGAUUAGUGCUGAUACGAAUAAUAUAUAAAAAAAUCGCACACAAGAUAGAUUUGUAAUUUUUGAGGACUCAGAGAAAUUUAUGAAAUAAUAAAACAGCGCUUUCAAAUAUGAAA